GUAAGUAUGGUGGAUCAAAGUGUAAAUGCAGCAUCCUCAAAUUGUGUGCGAUGAGGGUUUUGUAGACAAAGGAGGGCCCCAUCACCACCGCCCAUGCGCACCCUUUCCUCUUAUUACCGCACCUCCACCAUCAUUCCAUUUCCUCCCUCUACACAUCAUAUUAAACUAGAAGCUCAAGAAGAAGAAGAAAGAAGAAAUUGAAAUCGGAGGAUCAAUAUCACAUUUAUACUGAUCGAUCGAGGAUAAAGCCAGGGAUGCUUAAAUCAGCUGAAGAAAUUGGUCAAGCUUGAAUCGAUUCAGUUUCAAAUUGUGCCUCUAAUCACAAUUACUAAUUUCUAGGUCAAAUCGAUUUGAAGUGAAUUAAUGGAUCAACUAGCUCACGGCCGCCCUCUUCCGCCGCCGUUCCACACCCGAGAUCUCCAACUCCACCACCAACAGUUCCAGCACGAGGACGAGCAGAGCGGCAACACCAAUCAUUCCCUCAGCCUAAAGCGCGACCGCGACGAGAGCUACGGCGCCAUUAAUAACCCCGCCACCAUCUCCGAAGGCAAAGAGGCGGACCAGGGCGAGGUCUCUCGGCGGCCCCGGGGUCGGCCAGCGGGCUCGAAGAACAAGCCGAAACCCCCAAUCAUCAUCACCCGCGACAGCGCCAACGCGCUCAGAUCCCACGUGAUGGAAAUCGCCAACGGCUGCGACGUCCACGACAGCAUCUCCACCUUCGCCACGCGCCGCCAGAGGGGCGUCUGCAUCCUCAGCGGCACCGGCACCGUCACCAACGUCACCCUCCGCCAGCCCGCCGCCCCCACCUCCGUCCUCACCCUCCACGGCCGCUUCGAGAUCCUCUCCCUCUCUGGCUCCUUCCUCCCUCCCCCCGCCCCUCCCGCCGCCUCCGCCCUCGCCAUCUACCUCGCCGGAUCGCAGGGCCAGGUCGUCGGCGGCACCGUCGUCGGCCCGCUCCUCGCCUCCGGCCCCGUCGUCAUCAUGGCCGCCUCCUUCGGAAACGCCGCCUACGAGCGCCUCCCGCUGGAGGAGGAGGAGGCGGUUGGGAGCGGCGGCGGAGGAGGAGGGCAGCUGGGAUCGCCGGCGGGGAUGUCAGGGCCGCAGAUGAUGAGUGAUCUGAACGCGAAUCUGUUUCAAGGAAACCCUCAAAAUAUGGUGCAAAUCCCGGCGGCGGAGGCGUAUUGGGCGACAGUGGCCCGGAGUAGCUGAAUUACAAGGCACAACUAACUCUUUGUAGCAGGGAUUAAUGCAGUAGUCGCAGAUGCAGAUAAAAGUUUCCACCACCUCUUAACCUCAGUCUGGUCACAGUCAUAGUUGAGGUGAGUAGUCUGUCUCCAGUCUUAAUUCAGGAAAUUAAGGUUCACUGCACUUAGCCUACUGACAUCUUACUGCACUUAGCACUACUUGGAGCUACAUUUUAUUAAAUUUAGUAAGUUUAGGUAUGUACUUUAGUUUCCAGGUUUUAAAUAAUUUAUAAAACUCAAACUCAUUUUAUCCUCAACAAAUCUUUGGGUUCUAAAUUGUGGUUGUUUUUUUGUAACUUUUCCAAAGUAAGUAAAAUUGCAUCUCUAUGAUUGUUUGCAGAGUGUUGAUUUCACUAUAUAUGGGUCGUUUUAAAGAUUGAAUUCUACCUCACAUUAUAGAGCAACUAAACAUUCUUAACUUAUUAUGUUUUUCUAUUUUUUGAAUUUAUUAUAUUAUUAAACAAAACUAAUGAAAAAAACAUUACGUAUAAAUAAGGUUAAUAUUCUAAACUCAAACCACUAGUAUUUUGCGUCUAGUGUUAGUGUUUUCCAAAAAAAUCUAAACUUUGAUUUUAAUUAAAAAAUUCAAACUUUUAGUGUUUUAUCAUAAAAUAUAAUGCUAUAUAAAUUUAGACGACGAAAACUUUUGUCUAGGUGGCACCAUGCCUACAACUACAAGGAUAUAUAUAUAUAUAUAUAUAUAUAUAUAUAUAUGCACAAUGGCAGCAAUUGAAAUGCAUCUUGCUUGGAAUUUUGUAGAUUUUAGCUUUGAAAUUAACCUAUAAUUGCAUUUAAUAGCUGUAUGUAUUUAUGAAACUUUAAAAUUUCUUAAAGUAGUACUCCCUCCAUUCCACAAAAGAUGUUACACUUGUGGGCUGACACGGGAUAUUAGAAGGUUUUAUUUUAUGUAUUAUGGAGAGAAAAAAUAUAAUUUUUAUAAUAAUGUGAGAGAUAACUAUUUUUGAAAAUGAAAAUGUAACAUCUUUAGCGAGACAAAUUAAAAAAAGAAAGUAGGACAUCAUUGAUGGGACGGGGGAGUAUCAUUUUAUGACCGCAGUUGUAAAGACAAAUAAAUGAAAGAAGUUGCAUGAUGCAUAGUGAAAUGGUGAGAAGAUGAAAGGUGAGUUGCGGCAUUCACGAAUUCCUUCCCCAACUUGAUGCUUCUAUAGUCUUGCAGACACGACAGUGACAGAUUCAUUCAACUCUUGAAUUCAUUUAUGUUUCACAUUGAUCGUAGUAAAAAUUGUCAGCAAUGAUGAGAGUGGCAUUGUAUUUUUAGUCAACAUAUGCUGACUGAUGUCUGCCGCAUAAGACAUCAUGCAUGACAUUACUGAAUUUUGUAAUUGUAUAGCAUGACAUUUUAUGAAAAUUACUGUUCAAUUUAUGGGUUAUUAUUACAAAACAAAAA